AUGAUUAUCACCAGUUUUAUAACCCUCAUUAUUAACCCUAUAUUUCUUGCAUUUUAUAUGGAUGAAAAGAAACAAUGGUACAUAUACAGUAAUAUCUUAGAUGGUAUUAUUUUAUGCGAUGUCAUUAUGUUUUUUUUUACUGGAUAUUACGAUCAUUGGAAAAGUAUUGUUAUUUUAGAUCCAUAUAUAAUAGCAAGAAAAUAUAUCAAAAGUACAUUUAUAGUGGAUAUUCUACCUGCUAUGCCAUAUCAAUUAAUUAAUUUUAUAGUCAAUAAAUCAGCUUGGUAUUUUGUUAUACUCAACUUAGUAAAGAUUAUUAGGAUACGAGCGAUUAUUGUUUAUUCUCGAAGACUCUGCUCUAUAUAUCAGAUUAAUCGUCAAUGGUAUAAACUAUUCGAAAUGUGUAUUAUUAUCAUCAUAUCUGUACAUUGGGCAGCAUGUCUUGAAUAUUACAUACCAUUGAUAGUGUCUAAUGUUUUGGGGAGAAACAGAGGGUCAUGGAUUGAUUCUGAUGCUUUAAAGGAGAGAGGAACAAAUUUUCAUAAAUAUCUAAUAUGCUUGAACAGAGCUACUAUUGCUCUAGUUUGUUCUGCUCAUUAUUUAGACAUGAAAACACCAGAUGAUAUGUUAUUUAAUAUUAUAUUAUCAGUUAUGGGUAUGCUUGGCUUUAUUUUUGCUUUAGCACAGAUUAUGCAGUUUAUAAAUACAUUACAAUCAGCUACUAAAACACAUUAUAAACAUUUUCAACAAUUACAAGAAUAUAUAAAAUAUAAGCAGUUACCAUAUAAUCUACAACAUCGUAUUUUAGAAUAUUUUAAUUAUUGUAGCAAAAGAAAAUUUACUACAUAUCAACAUAUAAUACAUCAAGUUUCCUCUUAUCUGCAAGAGGAACUUAUCUUACACACUUAUAUGAAAUUUAUCAAUAAUGUGCCAUUAUUUCAAUAUAUUCCAGAAUCUGUUAUGUCACAGUUAAUAAAUGUAUUAAACUUUGAAAUUUAUUUAGAGAAUGAUAUAAUAGUUAAAGCUGGUGAAGAAGGAGAUGGACUCUAUUUUAUUGCAUCUGGCACAGUUGCAAUCUAUAACAAUUUAUGGAAAGAGGUUUGUCAUUUAGAAGAUGGAACAUACUUUGGAGACGUUUUUUUAUUCCUGAAAAGUAUGCAUCAUAGUGUUAAUAUUGUUGCCAUAGAAAUUUGUGAGAUUUAUAUAUUACAAAGAACGAAUUUUCAACUCAUUAUGGAAUCCCAUCCAGAUUUAUUUAACGUUUUGUAUAAUGCAGUGUCAAAGCAUGUAAACAAACCUAGUCUAUGAUAACUUCUAUUAAGGGUUGAAACAUUAUUUGAUCUAUAACUAAUCAAAAGAGUAAGUAACUACCUUUGCAAAGGCAGAGAAAUAAGAAGAUAAAAGAAUAAUUGUUAUUGUGUUAUAGCUUUAAUAUUUUACAUUUGAUCUAAUAUGAUUUGAUUAUAAUUUAAUUUAAUGUGCAGCUAAAUAAAAAUCUGAUGUUUAGAUUUUA